AUGACAAUGAACAGACAACAAGGUCAUAAUCUAGCAGCGACAGCGGGACUUUCCGACCGUGAAAACAAUGUCGGGCUUGGCUUGUUUUACGUGGCAUACAUCGUUUUUGAAGUUCCAUCCAACGUAAUUAUGGCCCACAUGAAUCCAGCAUAUUGGAUUGCCAGAAUCAUGAUUACCUGGAGUAUCGUUACAGGUUGCAUGGCAGCCAUAUCACAUGCAUGGCAUUUCUAUCUGUUGCGUUUUCUCUUGGGCAUGUUUGAAGCAGGGUUUUGGCCCGCGUACUAUACCACUUUAUGGUACCGUCCCGAAGAGAUCUCUUCACGUAUUGGCGUGACAUAUCUGGCAGGUCCAGCGUCAGGCGCAUUUGGUGGUCUUAUUUCUGCAGCAAUUCAGCUGAUUGAUACCCGUGGCGGGUUAUAUGGAUGGCAGUGGCUCUUUUUGAUUUCUGGGAUUAUUUCGCUGAUUUUCGGUGUGGCGACGUUGUGGGUGCUGCCGUCCAAGCCCGAAACGUCCAAGGGUUUCUUGACCGAGGAAGAACGAUUACUGAUCAAAGAACGAUUGGCGACGGUGACAGUGGAAGAACCGAAUUUGAAUACCAAGGACAAGUGGAGGGAGAUCCUUAUGCAGUUUAAGGACUACAAAGUGUGGAUGUUUUGCGUGUUAUAUUUUACACCCGUCAUGGCAGCCACCUCUUUGGGUUACUUUAUCCCGAAAAUCGUGCAAGAGAUCGGUACUUAUACUUCGAUCCAAGUCAGCUUAAUGAGUAUUCCACCGUACGUUUUCGGUGGCGUGAUGGUGUAUAUCGUGACCCGCUGCAGUGAUCAUUACCGCGAUCGCGGCUGGUUCAUCAUUGGUGCCUGUCUGACCUCCUUUACCGGCUUUGCCAUUCUCAGUUUUGCCGGCCCAGUCGGUGCACGCUAUUUUGGACUGAUGAUUGUCGCUGGCGGCACUUAUCCAACCGUUCCCUUGAGUAUGGCCUGGACCGCUAACUCUAAAGAGGAUUCCAUCGCCAUUGCUUCUGCCACCGGUAUCGUGUCUUCGAUAGCCAACUUUGGUGCGCUUAUAUGUACAUUUGCCCUUUACUCUGGCUGGACUUCGGAUGCGCCGCGGUAUGUUGGGUCCAACAUGGUGAACGGUGGCGCUAUGCUCCUGGCCGCUAUUUGUGCAUUUGUCCUCAAAAUGCGCUUAAAGGGAUUGAACAAAAUCAUUGAUGCUGGUGGUCGCGUGGGAAGUGCUGGUAGAGAUUACCGCUAUCUAUUAUAG